UUGGCUUUGGAUGGUUGGGUAUUAUAUUUGUUGAUGAUGAUGAUGACGAUGGUGGUGGUAGUAUGAUCAGUGUGGUUUGUAUGUCAUGCCACUACUUGAUCAAUAAUAACAACAAAAAAGAAACCACUUCUUGUGUGUGUAUGUGUGUGUGGAUAUUUUGAAGAUCAGAAUAGAAUUGUGUGAAUCGUAACGAAAGUUUUGAAGAACACCAACAACAACAACAACAACAACACAAUGAUUGAAUGUGUGGAUACUCUACAGCCAACCCAACAAUAAUAACAACAACAACAACAACAACAACAACAAAAAACCAGAAGAAAGAAAGUGAAAAGAAAGCGCUUUCUCCAGAACUAAAAAAAAAAAAAGAAACGAAAAGAAAAGAUCCAAUGUGCUCAUGAGUGCACUUUGCGUCGUGUGUUUGAUUGAUACAACAAGACAAAACAAAAAACAAAAUCCAUCGAAACAAUAAAGUGAAUCCAAGAUUAAUUUUCGAGAAUAAUUUUUAAAAACAAAACAAAACAAAACCAAAAUUCUUAAAUUGUUCGUGUUUUGUGUGUAUGCGUAGUGUGAUUGAAAAUGUUUUGACAUUUUUUUUUUUUUUUUUUUUUGACGCUCAAUUCGUUGUGUUUGUGUGUGAUGAUAUGAUGGUUGGUUUUUCGUUGCAACCGAUUAAAAUACCUGAAAAUUGUUCCAAUGAAUGUUGCUGUUAUUUUUUUUCUUGGUUUUUCCUGGAUAAUGUUCCUGGAUAAAAAAAAAUUUAUUGUGUAGGUGUCCCAUGUGAUGUUUGUGUGUGUGCGUUUUGUCUGUUUAUUUUCUUGCAACUAUAGUUUGUGUGUGUGUGUGAUGUAAUUAUUUGUUCCUGAAUACUAGAUAAUUACAUUCAACACCAACAUUUGUUUCGUCAUUCAUUCCUAAAAGUGAAUUGUUGUUGUUGUUGUUGUUUUCAUUCCAUUUUUAUUGACCAAUUGUGAUUGUCAUUGUGAAUAGACAAAAAAACAGCUGGACAACAACAACAACGACCAAUUACGGUUAAGGUGUGUGUGUGUGAACACCAUCAUAAAAUGUCCAUACCUGAAUCGAAUAAAAAUAUGUUACAAAUUAAAAUUGAACAAGAUGAAUCGUUGGAUGAAUCACUUUAUCUAGCUGCAAACGGAAUAAUAACAACAACUACAACAGCAACAAUAACAAAUGGUUCUGGUCCAAAUAGUGUAGUCAGUUCGAUAGCAUCGAUAUCACCAUCUUCGAGCAGUACUAAUGUAUUUUCACCAUAUCCAUCGACAACAGCAACAACAACAGUUCCAGUAACAUCAUCUUCUUCAACACAAUCAAUUUCAUUAUUUCCAUCAUCAUCAUCAUCUAUAAACAACAAUAUGUCCUCAACAACAACAACAGCGGCAACAUCAUCAUCAACAACAACAUCACCACAAAUGAAUAAUGGUAAUGGAAAUUCCAAUGGCGGUAAUAAUCAAAUUGUUGCAAGUUCAGUUGGUUCACCACAAUCAACUACAAAUAAUAAUAAUAGUUCAUCAUCAUCAACGGCAAAUAAUAAUCAAUCUGGUGGAUCAUAUCCACCAAAUCAUCCAUUAAGUGGAUCAAAACAUUUAUGUGCCAUUUGUGGUGAUCGUGCAUCCGGUAAACAUUAUGGUGUUUAUAGUUGUGAAGGAUGUAAAGGUUUCUUUAAACGUACCGUACGAAAAGAUCUAUUCUAUGCAUGUCGUGAAGAACGUAGCUGUAUAAUUGAUAAAAAACAAAGAAAUCGUUGCCAAUAUUGUCGUUAUCAGAAAUGUUUACAAAUGGGUAUGAAACGUGAAGCAGUACAAGAAGAACGGCAACGUACAAAAGAAAAAAAUGAUAAUGAAGUAGAAAGUACUUCCAAUUAUAAUCAUGAUCUCUUGUUACAACAGAUUCGUGAAGCAGAAAUGCGUAUAGAUAUUAAACUACGUAAAGAAAGAAUAACGGAUAUAACCGAUGCAGUGAAACAACAAGUUGCUCAAUUAUUUGAAUGGGCUCGUAUGAUACCACAUUUUAGUGAAUUACAUUUAGAUGAUCAAGUAUCAUUAAUGAAAUCUGGUUGGAAUGAAUUGCUCAUUGCUGAAUUUGCACAUCGUUCAAUAGAAGCGGAUAAAGUAUUAGUAUUGUCCAAUGGUUUCUAUAUAAAUGAACAAGCGGCAAAAAGUACCGGCAUUGGUGAAGUAUUUCAACGUGUAUUGACCGAAUUGGUUAGUAAAAUGCGUGAAAUGCAAAUGGAUAAAACAGAAAUUGGCUGUUUACGUUCGGUGGUUCUUUUCAAUUCAGAAAUGAAAAAUCUUAAAUCCGUUUCCAAUGUUGAACAAUAUCGAGAUAAAGUAUAUGCAGCAUUAGAAGAACAUUGUAAAUCACAUUAUCCAAAUCAGCCUGGCCGUUUUGCUAAACUAUUAUUACGUUUACCACCAUUGCGUAGUAUUGGCCUUAAAUGUGUUGAUCAUUUAUUUGUUAAACAAUUGGGUUUAUUAAAUAAAAAUAUCGAUGAUUAUAUUCUAGAGAAUCUAGAAUCACCAUCAAUCAAUCAAUAAUCAAUGAUCAUUCUGCCCCCAUACGCUGUUCUAUCCGAUGAAAUAUUGAUUUUCUUUUUUUUCAAUUGAUUAUCAUACAAUCCUGUUUUCACAUGAUAUCUCAUUUCAUUGUGGUUUUUUUUCCUUUUCUUUAAAAUUUUAUCUUUUAGAAAUUUUUUUUUUCUGUUCAUAUCAUUUGAUUUCGGAUUAUUAGAAAUUACAUAUUUUGUAAAUUUUUAUUCUCUAUGUGUAAUCACAUUGUUUGCUCGUAUGCAUGUAUUUCUUAUUACAUUGGUAAUUAUUGUAAAAUUCAAAAAAUUGAAAACAAACUCUUAAAACAACUCUCAUCAUCCAUCAAUCUCAUAUAUAUUGUCAUCGAAUGUUUUGAUCUCUUCAUUGCUCUCUCUCUCUUUUCUUUCUAUCUUGGAUUUAUAUCCACUUCCAAAAAUUUAUCAAUUUUUUCUCUGUUGAUGAUUUAUCAGAUUUACUUGCAAAAAAAAAUGAUGACAAUAACAAAAUUGAUGCAAUUUAUUGUAUAUGCAACAGGCUACUACUACUACUAAAUGUUAUUUAAAUAAAAUUUUAUUCCAGAGGGUUGAA